CCAAGCGUCCCUCCCUGUCUGUGCAAAGACAGAGGAGGACCAGUGUGCUGUCUAGCCCGACUGCCCAGCGGUGUGGGGGGGACCGUCACCGCGCCAGCUGUAGCCACCGCAGCCCGAGAGCACGAGCGAGCGCAGGCGGCGGGCUCCCCGGGGCGGGAGGGCAGAGGAGGACAAGCGCGCGGAGCCCCGAGCGGGCGCACGCGCACGCGCACACGCACCGGCUCGCCGGGGGCCGGAAGAGCCGAGCGGCCGGGUUGCAGCUGCGGGCGCCAGAAGGCGCGCGGCUGCGGGGAGAGCGCGGGCUGCGGGAUGGGGCCCCCGGAGAGCGCGACGGAGCUUGCAGCCGAGGCGGUGGAGCUGCGCGAGCCCGAGCUGCAGCUCGCGGACCCGGCGUCCCCCGGCGAGGAGCACGUGGACGUCGAGGCGGAGGGCGCCCCCGGCCGCGGCAGGUGCUGGCCGUGUGGAGCCUGGGCGUGCGGCUCGCGUGGGGAGCCCGAAGCCAAGAAGAAAGCACCCUGCCCCGGACUUGGCUUGUUUUACACGGUGUUGUCUGCCUUCCUUUUCUCAGUGGCCUCUUUAUUUGUUAAAAAAGUGCAAGGCGUCCAUGCUGUAGAGAUCAGUGCGUUUCGAUGCGUGGUCCAAAUGCUAGUUAUUGUCCCUUGCUUAAUAUACAGAAAAACGGGGUUCAUAGGUCCCAAAGGCCAGCGACUCUUCCUCUUCCUCAGAGGGGUCUUUGGUUCCAGUGCCAUGAUCCUCAUGUAUUAUGCCUUCCAGACAACGUCCCUCGCAGACGCCACAGUUAUUGCGUUUAGCUGUCCCGUGUUUACGUCCAUAUUUGCUUGGAUAUUUCUCAAGGAAAAGUAUAGCCUCUGGGAUGCUUUCUUCACCUUGUUUGCAAUCGCUGGAGUGAUACUUAUCGUGAGACCAUCAUUUAUAUUUGGUUCCGACACUUCAGGGAUGAGAGAAAGCUAUUCAGAGCACAUUAAGGGAACGUUUGCCGCGAUCGGACACGCUGUGCUAGCUGCGAUGACUCUGGUUAUUCUGAGGAAAAUGGGAAAAUCUGUGGACUAUUUUCUGAGCAUCUGGUAUUAUGUCAUACUUGGCCUUCCCCAAGCCAUCAUCAUCCUCUUUGUCAUAGGAGAGUGGAGUCUGCCCUACUGUGGGCUGGACAGGCUGUUUCUCAUACUCAUUGGACUCCUAGGUUUGGGGGGUCAGAUAUUUAUCACUAAAGCAGUUCAAAUAGAAAAAGCAGGACUCGUAGCGAUAAUGAAGACCAUGGAUAUAGUCUUUGCUUUCAUAUUUCAGAUUGCUUUCUUUGAUAAUGUACCAACUUGGUGGACGGUGGGUGGGGCCCUCUGUGUAGUGGUCAGCACCACUGGAGCAACCAUUCGUAGAUGGCUGCAGAGUUCCAAAUGAAAUGUCACUGCUGAGACCUGGUUUUUAUUUUCAAGUGUGCUAUCACCUAGCUCAGACAUCUUACACACCCACACAUACCUGGAGAAUCUGCAUCAUUCAUUGGCUCUCUUUAAUACCUUUCAUAAAGUACCAUUUUUAAACAUAGUGCGUUUUUAGUUAAGAGUAGCUAGCUAGCCGGGCGGUGGUGGCGCACGCCUUUAAUCCCAGCACUUGGGAGGCAGAGGCAGGCGGAUUUCUGAGUUCGAGGCCAGCCUGGUCUAUAAAGAGUUCCAGGACAGCCAAGGCUAUACAGAGAAACCCUGCCUUGAAAAACAAACAAAACCAAACAAAACAAACAAGAGUAGCUAGCUAGGCUAGCCUCUCAGUCUGGAUAGCUUUUAUCUUUGCUUUGGCUCCUUGCUUGGGUUACCAUUGAUGAGAAGGGAGCUCAUUUGCGGAAUUUCAGAAAUUUUGUAUGAGUACAAUUUUGAAAAUUUAUUUCUGACCCGGGAUGUGGAUGGGAGAUACUCUAUUUCAGCAGUGCAUAUAAGAAGCUCAACGUUGACAAUGCUGCUCUAGUUAGUACUGUGCUAAUCCGUUGAUUGCAAUAGCAUCCCACUUAGGAUGCCAAAGCUGCAACUUGGUCUAGGUGCCUACCUACCGAUAGGAGUAUAAGCGAACCAGCCUUAUUUUCAAGGAUCUUAGAGAUGAUUACUAUACUUUUAACUCGUGUGUGCCUUUUCGUUUUGAUGCUGGGACUUUUUAUAUGUACUCUGAACAGAGCCUUCAGCUUGCCACAUGUGGUUAGCAGUUCUUUCUUUCAGAAUAUUAGCAACUCUGGCUAUCAUUUUGAAUUUCAGUUGUCUCCUGUUUUAUUGAAAUUGCACUAUUUUUUUUUUUUUUAACAUUCCGAGAUUUCCAAUCUUGAAUUCAUGAGAGCAAAAUCUUGGCGUGACCAGUGUGUACAUUCCCAUCCUGAGGUGAUUUCACUUCAGAUGAGGUGAUUUUUCUACAGAUUCUCUUUGAAUUCAUAGUGUGAUGCCAAAUACGAUUUUUUUCUCAGGAUGGUACUAGGCUGGGCCAUUAUCAGAUCUCCCAGAUUCUACCAUUUUCAUUUUCAAAACCCACAGUUCUAGAAGGUUCAUCCUGCAGGCUCCCUUUGCAUUAAACCAAAUAUUUAUACCUUUACAGUACAUGUCUGUUAAUAAACGUACAGUCUUUUUCCAUUUUGGAAUGGUAUGUUAUAAUGCUUGUGGCAUACGAAAAAUGUAAAGACUUGUUACUCCAUAGCUGAUUGGUUUUCCCAGUCGUUUGCAUAUACGGAAAGAACACAGGUACAAGCCAGUCUUUGACACACAAUACUAGUGUGAACUUAAGACAGUAGAGUCUAACUGUGGACCACCAGCAGGCCAGUACUCCUCUGUGAAAGAGGAAAGCUUGGUAGAUUGGGAGUAAAUGACCAUGCGUCUUUGGCGCUUUGGAUGCCUUUAUGAUGAGGCCAUUGUGGCUGCCACCUCUUACUUUGUUCAGACACUGUCUACUGUUAUCAUUAGCUGCAGACUUGAGGGGCUCUUGUUCUCUCCCACGCUCCUCACAGCUCUUCUGGAGGAAGGGACUGGUCUCCUGGAUCUUACAUUUAGCUAUGGAAGGAUCUUCUCCAGUAGUUCCUAAGAGGAACUUUGAGUUUGGUGGCUUUAAAUCACCUUCGCCACCUGACAUCCUACAUAUGUACUUAGCUGAGUCACCUCAGUUGCAUUUGAGCCCGCAUAGAUCUGCCAAUGGUGCCGUUCUACCAACAUCCUAGAAAACACAGAGUCAACAGACUCUUAGAACUCUGGAGGGGUCUUAGAGGGCAUCCUAAGGGAUGACAGGAGGGAGGCCUGCAAUAGCUGGUUUCUAUAGCAGCCUCCUCUUACUGAGUUCCACUCCUGGAGUACCACCAAACUUACACACUAGAAGAGUGUCUGGGAUAGUGGAAGAUAACCCCUUUGGAAAUACAUUCUAUUUCAACUGUGUCUUAAGUACAUGGAUGUCAGGAUAUGUGGCUGACAUUGGAGACAAUGUUUCUUAUACCAACCUUUACAGGGUAUGAUUUUUAAACAAUGUUCAAGUGGUAUACAAGACUAUGUAUUGUAACAAUUAUGGGGGGUGGUAUGUAUUUUCCAAAGAUUGUAGUUUCUAUAUCUUGCAAAGGGAAUUUUUUUUUUCCUAACUUGUUUUUAUUUUGUAAGUAAUAAAAUCAUAAAAGAAAGAUGUUGGGUUUUACGACUAUAGAAAGUGUCUCACGACUCGUUUCUCUUCUCGACUGGGCGCUUCAAAACUCAUUUUCUAUAGAAGACUCCCCUCUAGCCGUUUUGUAGGCUGUGAUCUUAAAUUUUCAAACUUUAUCUGUUCUUCAUACACAAUAAAUACAACACCUCCAAAAUAAAUAGUAAUCUGUUAAGAGACUUUCACUUUUCUAGACCCCCAGAGCUUAGAGCAGCUUGGAGUUGUGCUGUCUUCUACGGCUAGGUUCUGUAGUGCCCUAGGAAUUCUUUCUACCCUCACAAUGUCUGUCUGUUGCUACCCACGGAGUGAUUACACCUGAGUUUUUUUACAGCUGUAUUCUAACUAAGCUACCUACUUAAUACGUUGACCUUGAUCCAGCUAUCAAGGUCAGGAGUCUUCCUAAAGCCCUGCCACGGUCACUUCAGUUCUCAGGAAGCCACAGAGGUGGCUAGUAGUCCACACGGUCAUGCCCAUAUGCUCCCCUCCCCCACUUCCUCUUCACUGUAGUUUCCCACAUCCCAGAUGUCCUAGGAUCAGCAUUUCCAUGAACUCAUAUUUGUCAGAAAAGCCCUUCCUCUUUCCCCUGCUUUCUUCAUGGUCUUUCAUGUGUCCUCAGAAGCCUGGGCCUCCAGUGCCUGGGCAGUGAGCUGUGAUUUCUGAUUCUUCUACUUCCCCCAGCUUCU